AUGCAGGGAGCGACGACGGCCAAGCUGGCGCGCAACGGUGACCGCGGCGCGGCGAAGACGACGACGGAUGGGAAGGCCGACGCCGCCGGCGCCAAGGUCGGCGCCGACGUGGCGAAGGGCGACGCCGCCGCCGGCGCCAAGGCUGGGGACGUAGGGAAGGGCGACGCGGGCAACAAGGCCGGCGGGGCCAUGCAUCAUCACGGCUUGUCGUCCGUGGAGGCGAAGGACUCCCAGACCAUCGUCGCGCUGCAGGCGCCGGUGACCGUCAUGCGCCCCGUCCGCGGCGACCUCGAGGAGCACGUCCCCAAGCCAUAUCUGGCGCGAGCUCUGGCGGCGCCGGACAUCUACCACCCCGACGGCACCACGGGCGACGAGCACAGGCACCACCACAUGAGCGUGUUGCAGCAGCACGUCGCCUUCUUCGACCGCGACGACAACGGCAUCAUCUACCCUUGGGAGACUUACUCCGGAUGCCGUGCGCUUGGGUUCAACAUGAUCAUGUCGUUCUUCAUCGCUGUUGUCGUGAACGGGGCCAUGAGCUAUGCCACACUGCCUGGGUGGCUGCCAUCCCCUCUGUUCCCGAUCUACGUCCACAACAUCCACAAGAGCAAGCAUGGCAGUGACUCUGGGACCUAUGACAACGAGGGCAGGUUCAUGCCGGUGAACUUCGAGAACAUGUUCAGCAAGUACGCGCGCACGUCCCCGGACAGGCUCACCUACAGGGAGCUGUGGUCGAUGACCGAGGGGUUCCGCGACGCCUUCGAUCUCUUCGGCUGGGUUGCGGCGAAGCUGGAGUGGACGAUCCUGUACGUGCUGGCGCGGGACGACGAGGGGUACCUGUCGCGGGAGGCCAUGCGGCGCGUGUUCGACGGCAGCCUCUUCGAGUACGUCGAGAGGCAGCGCGCGCAGCACGCCAAGAUGUCCUAG